UUACGUUUUAACGGUGUCAAGCCGUUAGAAAAGUGUUUCCUGACAUUUUAGUCGUGAAAAUGUUGUCCAAAGCCUCGAGAAAGACUUCUGAAGCCUCAAUCACUGUCGAAAAGUAUCACUUUUGGGUUUUGGAGGGAUGAGAGAGGAUAAUUGAUUUUGAAGAAUGACGGGAACUGACAUUGAAGGGAUGGACAAGACUGGUGUCGACGAGCGAAAUUCCAUCAUUCAGGAGUACGAGGCCAUUGUGGAGAGUCUUCAGGCGGACUUGAAGAACUGCAAGGAAGAACAAAUUCGUCUCCGAGGAGAAGUCGAAUCCCUCCAAAAGGAGAACCGAACCGCCGCAGAAGUAGCUCGAACCUCGUUCUCCCACUUCAACAACGCCGAGUGUCCCAGGAACCUCGACGACAAAGAAUGUGUCGACAAUCUAAAAAAACAAAUAGCACUGAUACAGCUGGAGCGGGACUCCAUGUUCCAACUCUGGCAGAUGGCCUUGAAGACAGUGGAGACCCUCGAGAAUGAGAUAAAAACCUCUCACAACGACGUGACGGCCCACAGAUACUACGAGGAGCAGGUGAACCACGUCAAGGAGACCUACUCAGAGGCCAUCAAAGCUCUAGAAUCAAAACUAAUCCAAGCAAAAGAGAACUUCGUCAAGCAUCAAACGUUGUGGGAGUCCUGCAGGGAACGAGUUGAAUUCCUCAACCAGGAAAAAUCAGAACUCGAGAGAAAAAUCCAGAACCUUCAGAACGACCUUUUGAUGAAGGAAGAGACCCACAAGAAAAUUCUGGAGCACCUGAACUCAAAUUUAGAAGAAGCAAAGAGAGAAUUGGAGGUCAACAAAAACUCCCAACAGAAAUUAGAGACUGAAUUAGUUGAGACUCGAUGUCUAGCCACAAGGAUGGCGACUAAGGAUCAGGAAUCAAAAGCUAAAGUUGCUGAAGCGAUUGUUCUGGUGGAAACAGCUAUGAGGGAAAAAGAGAUGAUAAUGCAGAGAGAAGCAGCUGUUUUGGAGGAGAAGUCGAAACUAGAAUCUCAUUUGACGAAUAUUGCAGAAGAGUUUGCCAUGAAACUCGAGAGGGAAUUGUCAGAGUGCAAAGAGACUUUUGAGAUGAAUUGUAAAAAGUACUCGUUGGAGAUUAAGGAGUUGAAGUCAGAGUUGAGGGAGAAGGUGACUCUUCUCGAUCGAGCCCAGAGGGAAAUUCAGAUGCUGGAGGAGGAGAUGGAGAAGAGAAAGCAUGGGAGUGAGGACUUCCUGCAUCGAUCGUCCUCCAAAGUUCUUGAACUGGAGCAAAAACUGAAGGAUUCGGAGGAGAAAUUGAUGAUCUGUGAGGAGACGAAUAGAAGAAAGUUUGAGGAGAAGAUCAGAAUGUCUGAGAGUCGAAUUCUUGAGCUCGAAGAGAAGUUAUCGAAUGUCAAUGUCAGGCUGAGGAAUAGUCAGUUGUUUGGGAGUAGGGAGAUGGAGGAGAAGAUCAGGGAGGCUGAUGAGAGGGUGAAAGAAGCUAUGGAGCGGUACUCUGGGGUUGAGAAGAGACUGACGAGGGCUUUGGAUGAGAGGGAGAAUGUCGCUAGUGAGCUGAGGUCCCUGCAGAUUACUUUUGACAGGGAGAUCUCGAGGAGGGAGAACGAGAGGAGAUUGCUGGAGGGGAGAAUCAGAGAGUUGCAGGAAGAUGUGAGGAAUGCUAAUGAUGUAGCUGACAAGGCUGAGUUGAGGGCUAGUCAGUUGAAUUUACAGGUGGAGAAUUUGCAGAGAGAGUUGGAGGGACGAAAGAGUCAAAUAAUUGACAAAAAUGAAGAUAUUGAGGUAGUUAUUAAAGAUAAAUCAUCGAAUUUAAGUAUUCUCCGAGAGAAAUAUGAAGAGAGAAUUGCAGAAUUGACGAAGCAUGUGAAAAUUCAUCAAAAAUUAUCAAACAAGUGGAAGGAAGAGGCUCAGUCCCUGGCAAAUAAAUUCCAGGUUCGAUUCAAAGAGCUCAAAUCCAAGGUCCACUCGUUACAGAAGGAGAACGAGCAAUUAAACAAUGAAUUACUCAUGUGUCGUCAACAGGUGGCUCACUGCAGAGCUCAAGUGAUGCAGAGCUUCGAUGAUGAUUUCAGAUGACGACGUCGAGUUAGGAUUAUCACAAUUAAUAGCACAGUGUGCAGCGUACCUGUAAAUACAAAACAAAUCAUAAUUACACCAAACAACAAAUCGAAUAAACGAAUAAAGCAAUUGAA